AUGCCCGUAACAGGGAGAGCUCAGACUGAGGAGAAAGAAAAGGGGCAAGAUAAGAAGAGCACCAGCAAGAACAAGUCGGGGAAUAAGCCAAUAUACCACGACUACGACGAAGCCACCAAAGGAGUUCCACAGCCGGUCCGAGACCAGCGAAAGACCGAUGGUGUCUGUGUGCGAUGUGGCCGAAAGGGUCAUCUUUGGAAAUGGUGUCGUUCAGAUGCUAAUAGCAGUGCAUCUAUCCCCUCUUUCUCCCGAAAGCGUACCCGCGAUGACGAUUGCGACCACGAUAUGGAACCACCGGAACCCCAACCUCAGAGGAAGCGAAUGAGGCACCGUGCUAGGAAGCCGGCUGCGAUGGCUGCUGCGGAGUAUACCAGUGGGCAAGCGUUUGUGCGAGAACGCGGAUCGGAAUCUGAGAUGGAUUUCGAUGAGGAUUUUUAA